AUGUGGCACAAAGCUCGGACGUUUCGAAAUCCUCUAGCGAGCGCCAUCGUCGUCAUCCUUGCGCUAUGGCUUCUAAAAACAUAUACACACAUACAUCUGGAUAAAUUGCGGAUCCCUGCCUCUGUGACGUUUUCCACCCCAAAGUCUGUAGAUAAGUAUCUCAAGGCAGUGAGUGGGCUUGCAACGAAGGACUAUGACAAGCUUGCUGUUUCUGGAUUUUGGAAUGAUGGCCUGAUUAGUGAAUGCGAAAGUCACAAACAUGAUGCCAUGCUUGGCGUGCAACCGAGCUUCGAUCUGCAGGAUAAUCUGAUACGAGCUGUGCAGAGCCUGUCUGCGUACACACAGAUAGAUCGCGCAUUUCAAGAUCAGCAGAGUCGGAACGCGAGCUUGACCUUUGAAGGAUUCGUCGAGGCCAAUUGGGCUGAGCUUGCUGGAUCCGGAGUCUGGCUUCCGGAGUUUCAGAUCUAUCUUUCUGUAUCGAGAUUGAUCUACUACCCAUCUGGGGAUCUGGCUGUUCCUACGAUUAGUUUCCUGCGCGGUCGAAUCUUCGACUCGGAGUGGAAUCAUCUGGAUCAGUAUACACUGGACUGGGACGGGGAAAUUAUAUCCUUCCCAUGUAUAUUCAAUCUCCCGGUCGAGUGGCAUGAAGGCGCGGCCUUCCUAGGCCCUGAGGACCCGCGCGUGGUGGUGGAAGAGGGAAUACAAGGUGCUGAACCGGUUAUUGUCUUCAACAUGAUGUCGGAGCAAUUAGGAUGGCGCCGCGCGAUGUGGAUGCAUCGCCCGUUCUCUAACCUUACCGCGCCCUUGACUAUCCGCGGCGAGCAGCCUCAAAAUGCAGAGAAGAACUGGGCACCAUUCUUCGACGAGGGCGACUCGUUUCGAAGCACCGAGGGCGAUAUUAAGCGAGACCCUACCAUUUCGCUAUCGCGCGGCCCCAGCCACCAUCUGAAUUUUGUAUAUAGCCUACAGCCGCUGCGGAUCCUCCGCUGUCAACUACUGCACGGACAUUGCGAUUGGGCAUAUAAGCAAGAACCUGAACCUGUUCAUCCCCUGCCCCUGUCCCUGUCCCUGAAGCGCGCGCCCAAUCCCGGCGUUCGAGGCGACAUGCGGGGCGGCACCAACUUCGUCGCAGUGCACCAGUCCGACCCGGCAAUUCGCCUAUGGAUCGGAUUCCCACGCACGCACGUCGACGGCGCCUGUCCACAAUCCGAGUCGUUGUACCGACCGGAACUAGUAAUUCUCGCGAAUAGCGGUAGUGAGUUUCACGUGGUAUACGCUAGCGAAGCGCUGACAUUUGGAACGGCAGUUCUGGCAGAAGAGGAUGUGGAAGCGCCGUGCGGAGAUGGGCGCAUUCUCAUCCCUAAUGGGAUCGUGCGCUGGGAACAGGACCGGCACGACUUGAUGCAUUUGGCAGUCAGUGUGGGUGAUCGAACCACUCAGGUGUUGCGGAUCCGUGGCGUAUCCAAGCUUAUCAGUUCCUUACCGUAUUUGAGUGAGUGGCGACAUACGGAUGGGCCCGACGGUGAGCCUUGGGGGCGGCGAUGGUCUAAAGUGGGUGGGGAAAUAGUGGGAUGUUCAGUAAUUACAGCGAUGAACAUGAAAAUGAACUCGUCUCAAAAUACGGGGGAGUAUGAGGGAUGA